GAAGAGAAACUGAGUUGCAAACCUCAGUAAAAGACAUUUGUCUGGAAAUCAGUCUUGACUGACCAAUGUCAUAUAUUGUCACAAACAUGGAUCUAAAGUGUGCUUUUGUUGACACUAGGAAGUUAGGAACAAACUGGAAGAGCUGAAGCCAAAAGCUUGUCAUACACUGAAGAUCUUUUGGGUCUUUUUUUUAGGAAUGAUUUGCCUGGACACCCCAAUUAAACAUGUUUUAAAUCAGAACGAGAGGUUGAAACKUAUGUACCUACUUAAUAAAAAGUGAGCAUCUUUCAACUUUUCAACUAAGCUGAGAAUAGAGCCGUGGUUCCCAUGCAGCCUCGGCUGUGAUGACUUUAGUUUGUCUCCAGUGAAGCACCAGUAAUAAUGUUGUCAAAAGUGACGCUGGGUGUCAUCCUUUCCCUUCUCAUCCUUCUGACUGUGGGUGGUAAUGUGCUGGUGUGCCUGGCUGUCUGUGCCUCUCGACGCCUCCGCUGCCUCACUAACUGCUUCAUUGUGUCGCUGGCUGUGACAGACCUGCUGCUCGGCCUCCUGGUCCUCCCGUUCUCCGCCCUCCUGCAGCUCAACGACGAGUGGCCGCUUGGCCCCGUCUUCUGCAACUUCUACAUCUCCAUGGACGUUAUGCUGUGCACGGCCUCCAUCCUAACUCUGCUGGCCAUCAGUGUGGACCGCUACCUGGCAGUGACCAUGCCUCUGCGUUACGCCUCACUUGUGUUGCCGUGGAGGGUUGCUUUAGCCCUGAUGAGCGUUUGGACAGUUUCCGUGGCCGUGUCGUUCCUGCCCAUUCAAAUGGGCUGGAACACGGUUAACGGCACGGUGCAGAACCACGGGCCRUGGGCUUCAAAGAGGAGGUGUCGUUUCGAGCUGAACAAACCUUAUGUCCUCACCGAUUCCCUUCUCACCUUCUACCUGCCUCUCGGGGCGAUGUGCUGGACCUACCUSCAAAUCUUCCGCAUUGCACGGUCUCAGGCCAAGCGCAUCAUCAGUGCCCAACCCAUUUGCAUCACCAGCUACAACAGCCGGAACAACCCCGCCACCCGUACCACUCUGGUUUCCAGYGCCACAGCCGUGGCACUGAGAGAGCACAAAGCCACACUGACUCUGGCAGCAGUGAUUGGAGCGUUUGUGGUCUGUUGGUUACCUUAUUUCAUAUUAUUCACGGUGCUGGGUUUAAAGGAGCAUCCAGACCCUGGCAUAGUACCAGAAUUCCCCAUAGUGUUGUGGCUGGGCUACGCCAACUCAGCCCUCAACCCCAUACUCUACGGAGCCCUCAACAGGGACUUCAGGUCAGCUUACAGCCACCUCCUGAGAUGCCGGGUCCCUUCUUACACUGGGUGGAGAAGUCGACAACCAUCUGCUACUGUUACAGCAGCCAGAGAGCAGCUCACAGAGAUGACACUGUUGUGUUGYCACGCCCCCGCAGCCUGCAGGGCAGCUCUAACAGAUCAAAACGUUACGCUUCAGGACAUGAACAGCAGGACAGCCACACCAACUAUCCACUCUGCAAACGGCAGUGCUGCCACAGAUGUCAAAGGCAAUGAAGGAGUUCAGGUUGUGCCUAGCUGGAGCUGAUGAGGUGGGUGCUGUGCUCAUUUUACAACCCAGAGUCAGAACCCAUCAGCCUGACGAGAAUGAGUAACAAACAGACCAAAGAUGGACAGCAAUGUAACAACCCCCCACAUACUCAGUCCGUCAGCAGAGCCAACCAUAAUACCACAUAACUCACUCAACUCAAACUUCAAC